AUCCAUCAACUGGUCAUAAGAUGCGCCCCAAACGUGCCGACGUCCUCGGCAUCCCGGUGCUGCUGCUGCUGCGUCUUCUGCAGCUCCUCUCGCUCACCCCGGUGGUCCUCGGCCAUGGCCGCCUGAUGGAACCACCGGCCCGGAACGCCAUGUGGCGCUUCGGCUUCCCCAACGCGGUCAACUACAACGACAACGAGCUGUUCUGCGGCGGUUACGCCGUCCAGUGGGAACAGAACCAGGGCCAGUGUGGCGUCUGCGGGGACGCUUACCACCUGCGGGAUCCGAAGCCCCACGAAGCGGGCGGAGAGUACGGCCGGGGGAUCAUCUCGCGGAGGUACUUUGCCGGGCAGGAGAUUGACGUGGAAAUCGAACUGACGGCGAACCACAUGGGCCGGUUCGAGCUGUUCCUGUGUCCGAACAACAACAAGUACUACGAGGCCACGCAGGAGUGCUUCGAUCGGUAUCCGCUGUAUCUGAGCGGGACGAGCGAGGUCCGGUACUCGAUCCCGCCGGAGUCCGGCAAGAAGGACAUCUUCCGGUACCGGGUGCGGCUGCCACCGUACGUGACCUGCACCCAGUGCGUGAUGCAGUGGACCUAUUUUACGGGGAACAUGUGGGGCCGGUGUGACAACGGGACGGAGGGCGUUGGCUGUGGGAAGCCGGAAACGUUCCGGAACUGCGCGGACAUUAGUAUAGUGUCGAACACCGGUGGGGGGAUUCCGCCGCUGUUUGUGGAGAAAAAUCCGUUCCUGCUGUACUACCGUGACCUGCGAGCGCCCGGACCGGACAACGUGUUCCCGCUUAUUAUUCGCGACCAGCGGUGCUUCCCGACCCAGGCCUACCGGAACUUUAUCGGCAUGGACGACUGGUGCCAGCAGAACUGUCUGCGCUAUCCACCCAACUGCCCCGAGACGGUGUGCCACUGCCCGACAACCUGCGAAGCGAUUGGCGAGCUGGAGGGUCGCGACGGCGCGGACGUGUACUGUUUGGACGAAUGUCUCACGUACAACUCCAAGUGCCCCACGGACCGGUGCCACUGCUACUGAGGAACCAACUAGAAGCAAGGAUUACGAUUUUGAACGGAUCUCGAUUUGGACUAGCAAGCAAUGAACGAAUCUUAUUAUUUUUUUCCCCUUUUUUAUUUUUUGUUGUAAUCAAAGAAUGAAAAACUUGCCGUUUUAAUUUUGUAGUAACACCCCCCAUUACCCCCCGCAACAAAACCGGUGAAUAAACUGUACAUUUUACCUGUCUGUGACCUGUGCUGAGCAGUGAAAAAAAAAAGAAAAGUGAUUGUGGGAGCAGCGCAAUAGAACACUUGUGCAAAUAUAUAGAGUGCGUGUAAAUGUUUUAGUUUUUUUGUGUUCUUGAACGGAAGGAAGCUGAUAUUUUUUUCUAGUUUGCUCAAAUAAAGUGUGUAUAAAAGUUUGUAA